UGCGAUCUGCAGGGCCUGUGGAAGAACGAGCUCGGCUCCAACAUGACCCUCUCAGCCCUUGACAUGGCCGGGACCUUCCUGGGCUCCUACCACACCGCUGUGGUGGCCACCAACAAGCAAAUCCUGGUGUCACCCCUGCAAGGUGCCCAGCAGCUCCCCAGCACCAAGGGGCAGCCCACCUUUGGCUUCACUGUGCAGUGGCAGUUCUCAAACUCCACCACUGUCUUUGUGGGCCAGUGCUUUGUGGACCACCACAGGAAGGAGACACUGGAGACCAUGUGGCUCCUGUGGGAAGAGGUCCUAUCGCGCAGGGAUGCCUGGAAAGCCACCAGGGCCGGCACCUCGGUCUUCACCCGCAUCAAGUGA